AUGUCUCCUGCUGUAUCUCUGUCUAUCUCCCAUCUUCCUCUCUGCAAAACUCAGGAUUUUUCUAAGGACACCCUCCUUCCGAGAAGAACUUUUAGAGAGAACCCAUGUCAGAAAACACCUCUAGAUGUCAAACUGACUAAAAGAAACUUGUUGAGUUCCACUGCUUUGGGGCUUAUUGGCGGGGGACUGUCAAUGGCUCAGCCUGCAAAAUCUGCUGAACCUGAGAGCCCAAGUGAGUCCACUUCAAGUAGAAUGUCAUACUCAAGAUUCUUGCAGUACUUAAACGAGGGUGCUGUGAGGAAAGUAGACCUGUUUGAGAAUGGAACCGUCGCGAUCGCCGAGCUUUAUAAUCCAGCUCUCGAGAGAAUCCAGAGGGUUAAAGUGCAGUUACCAGGAUUGCCUCAAGAGUUGCUCCGGAAAAUGGAAGAGAAAAAUGUCGAUUUUGAUGUUCAUCCAAUGGAUUUCAACUGGGGACUUGCUUUGUUAGAUUUUCUAACAAACUUUGGCUUCCCUUUGCUAUUGCUUGGCUCGUUGUUUUUGCGUUCUUCUUCUACAAACACUCCUGGAGGUCCAAACUUGCCAUUUGGACUUGGAAGGAGCAAAGCCAAAUUUGAGAUGGAGCCUAAUACUGGAGUUACGUUUGAUGAUGUUGCUGGAGUGGACGAAGCAAAGCAAGAUUUUCAAGAGAUUGUCCAAUUCUUAAAAACCCCGGAGAAGUUUGCCGCAGUCGGUGCGAAAAUUCCGAAAGGGGUUCUUUUAGUAGGGCCUCCAGGAACAGGGAAGACAUUGUUGGCAAAGGCCAUAGCUGGAGAAGCAGGGGUUCCUUUUUUCUCUCUUUCAGGAUCAGAGUUCAUUGAGAUGUUUGUUGGAGUUGGAGCUUCAAGAGUGAGAGACUUGUUCAACAAGGCAAAGGCUAAUUCCCCUUGCUUGGUGUUUAUUGAUGAGAUAGAUGCGGUUGGGAGACAGAGAGGA